UCACGUGAUAGCUGGGGUACAUAACGAUUGUUGGAGAUGAACAUAACUCAAAACCCGUUCCAAACGAAGCCUGUAUCAUGCAUGCAGUUAUCAGUAACGCUCCGAAACGAUUGCGUGAACAGACGUGGUGAGAAGUAAGCUGUGUUCCAGGUCAGAGGGAGGCAGCACCAUGAGUCGGGAAUCUGACUCUGAGGAUGAUGGCUACACCUGCAUGGAGCUACCAACCCUCAUCAGGCAGCUUAAAUCUGUGCUGGACCAGUACCCUGAUGAUGGACAGAUACUCAAGGAGUUGAUCCAGAAUGCUGAAGAUGCAGAUGCCACUGAGAUGCGAAUUCUGUAUGACGCACGAGAUAUCCAGCCUGAUGUUGAUCCAAGGCUCCGCAAGAAGAGGCAGUACCUGGCCUCAUUACAGGUUUCUAUAGGCCAUUAUCUUAACAAACAAAAUGUCUAACCCCAUUCUUUUUACACCUGAA